UCUACACAGCCCUGAAUCAACCACAACCUCCUCAAUCUCUCCUCUCUUUCCGUUCCAAAUGCCAUUAACCACAACCACAUCCACAGUAGAAGAAUAAGGAGAGGAAAGCAAACACACUUUAUCCACAGCAGAAGAAUAAGGAGACGAAAGCAAACACACUGUGAGCGAGAGAAAACAGUGAAACGCAAUGGGAAUACCGGCAUUCUACAGAUGGCUGGUGGAAAGGUACCCUCGCGCGGCGGUGAGCGUCAUCGAAGACGAACCGCCCCUUUUGGAUACAACCGGCCCUAACCCUAACGGCUAUGAAUUCGACAACCUCUACCUCGACAUGAACGGCAUCGUCCAUCCCUGCUUUCACCCCGAGGGCCUGCCUCCUCCCAAGAGCUACGACGACGUCUUCCGUGCCGUCUUCAACUACAUUGACCGCAUCUUCUCCAUUGUGCGGCCCCGCAAACUUCUCUUCCUCGCAAUCGAUGGUGUUGCACCACGAGCUAAAAUGAAUCAACAACGGUCAAGGCGAUUUCGUGCUGCCAAGGAUGCAGCAGAUGAAGCCUCUUGGAGAGAGAGCAAAAUCGAAUCAGAAGAAGAAAAGUCAGCUUCUUUAGAGCAGUCUAAGAAGCUGGACUCAAAUGUAAUCACCCCCGGAACUGGAUUCAUGGCAUUGUUGUCAUCAUCUCUCCAUUAUUAUAUACGGCUGAGGAUGAACAGUGAUGCUGGGUGGCAAGGAAUCAAGGUCAUUCUUUCUGAUGCCAAUGUACCUGGUGAGGGAGAGCAUAAGAUAAUGUCUUACAUUCGCUUACAAAGAAAUCUUCCAGGAUAUGAUCCAAACACUCGGCAUUGUCUUUACGGAUUGGAUGCUGAUCUUAUCAUGCUCGCACUGGCCACCCACGAAAUCCAUUUCUCCAUUUUGAGAGAGGAUGUCCGUGGAGCAGGCCCAAACGAGAAAACUGUGAAGUGUGCAAAGGAUUCUUUACUGGUGAGUCAGCAAGGAGAAAGGGAAUAUCCUAAGCAAAUGGAAGUGGUUGACGAGAAUGUAGAAGAUUAUGUCUCAAGGCAGAAAUUUCAGUUUCUCAACAUCUGGGUUCUUAGGGAGUAUUUGGCAAUUGACAUGAAAGUCAAAGGCUUCAAAAAGAAGGCAAAACUAGAGUGCCUGGUUGAUGAUUUUGUCUUCAUGUGCCUUUUCAUUGGAAAUGACUUUCUACCCCACAUUCCUUCGCUGGAAAUAUCAGAGGGGGCUAUUGAUUUGCUCAUGAUGGUUUACAGAAAGGAAUUUGUUAAAAUGGGCGGCUACCUAACUAAUUCUUCUAAGGUAAAUUUGGAACGUGUGGAACACUUUGUGCAAGCCGUGGGAUCUCAUGAAUGUGCAAUUUUUAGAAGACGCACCCAGAUGGAAAAGGAAAGAGAACUGCGCUUUCGACGAUUUUCAAGAAAUAAGCUUAUCAGUUACUCAAGUAAGCCCAUGAGUCAAAAUCCACCAAAUUCAUUGAACCAGUCCAGUGCUGUGGACAUUCAAACACAAAUGCACUGUAUAGACACUGGCACAAAUGCUAAUGUGGACAAGAUUAAGCUUGGAGAAAAGGGUUGGAAGGAAAGGUUUUAUGCUGAAAAGUUUGAGGCUCAAACUGAAGAUGAGUGCGAGAGGAUACUGAGAAAUGCGGUUUCUAAAUAUAUUGAAGGGAUGUGUUGGGUUAUGCAUUAUUACUAUGAAGGUGUAUGCUCCUGGCAAUGGUUUUAUCCUUAUCAUUAUGCUCCAUUUGCUUCAGACUUCCAUGGUAUUGAUAAGUUAAACAUUGAAUUCACACUGGGGAAACCGUUGAAGCCCUUUGACCAGUUGUUGGGUGUGCUGCCUGCUGCGAGUGCACAUGCUCUUCCUUUGUUCUACAGGGAACUGAUGACAGAUAUGUCAUCUCCAUUACUCGAUUUUUACCCUACUGAUUUCAAGCUUGACAUGAAUGGAAAACGUUUCUCUUGGCAGGCCAUCUGCAAGUUACCGUUUAUUGAGGAGUCACGCCUUCUUUCGGAGAUUGCAAAAGUGGAGCACACAUUGACGGAUGAAGAGAGACAAAGAAAUAGUUUUAGUCUGGAUGCACUAUUUGUCCACACAUCACAUCCUUUGGCGGUGGAGAUACUGGCCUUCUGCAAAAGAAAAGUGGGUCAUCCAAAGUUGCCUAAUGCUAAGGUCAAGCGGAAAAUUAAUCCGAAAUUCAGUGGUGGAAUGAAUGGGUAUAUGUACAUUUCUGAACAACCUGUGCAACCUGCGGAAAUACAUUCACCAAUUGAGGGCAUGGAGAUGAUUGCAAAUAAUGAUGUAUUAUCUGUUUUGUUCAGAUGCCCACCCUUCCAUUCUCACAUACCCAGGCUAUUAAAUGGAGUAAAAUUGCCUCUCAAGUCUGUCAGGAAGCAGGACAUUUUGCCUUCGCCCAUUCUGUGGCAUGAGAAGUCAGCUGUCCUUGGUCGAAUAUUUUCUGAAAGAUCCAUUCACAAGUCAAUCUCAGGCCAUCGUCUAGCAGAAUUAUCUCAUCAACUCCUGUCUAAAUGUUAUCAUCUAAAGAGCAAAAAGUCUGGGGGCUCCUUGCAACUGGGUGAACCCAUAGAUACACAUGGAUUGACAUCCGAUUUGAAUUUGGAACAAACUCUCCAUGUGGGAGAGACUGGAGGCAGUGAAAACCGCAUUGAUGGUGGCAUCCCAACAAACCAUUCAGGUGGAGAUGAAUUGGCGUGCCAUUUGAACUUGGAAGAAAUGGUUUGUAUGCACAGGACUGAAGGUGAUAUAAACUGCUUGGAUAGUAUGCCUGGCCUGGCAGAUAACCGUGUAGGUAAUGCUGGAUUGACAUGUUCAAAUUUAGAGGAAACGGUCACUGUUUGCGAGGCUGGAAGUGAUAAAAUUUGCAUUAAUGCUAGAUCUAGAAAACGUAGACGAAAACGGAGCAAAGUGAGAAACACCUUGGAAAAUGAUGUAGGUGCAGAGAAAUCGGCCUGCCCUUUGAAUUUGGAACCGACAGCUAGCAUGCUGCGGAUUGAAGCUGAUAACAUUUCUGGUUGUAAUGGAGUCCCAGAAGAUACACAUGUUGGUGAGACAGGAGGACAUGGACUGGCAUGUACUGAUGUAAUCCCAGAUAAGAACACUGUCGACAGAAAAUCACGGAAGCGGAAACGAAAACAGAAACAAGGUAAGGUUGUGAUUGUUCCAUAUAACAGUGUAGGUGCAGAGAAAUCGGCCUGCCCUUUGAAUUUGGAACCGACAGCUAGCAUGCUGCGGAUUGAAGCUGAUAACAUUUCUGGUUGUAAUGGAGUCCCAGAUACACAUGUUGGUGAGACAGGAGGACAUGGACUGGCAUGUACUGAUGUAAUCCCAGAUAAGAACACUGUCGACAGAAAAUCACGGAAGCGGAAACGAAAACAGAAACAGGGUAAGGUUGUGAUUGUUCCAUAUAACAGUGUAGGUGCAGAGAAAUUGGCCUGCCCUUUGAAUUUGGAACCGACAGCUAGCAUGCUGCGGAUUGAAGCUGAUAACAUUUCUGGUUGUAAUGGAGUCCCAGAUACACAUGUUGGUGAGACAGGAGGACAUGCACUGGCAUGUACUGAUGUAAUCCCAGAUAAGAACACUGUCGACAGAAAAUCACGGAAGCGGAAACGAAAACAGAAACAGGGUAAGGUUGUGAUUGUUCCAUAUAACAAUGUAAGUGCAGAGAAAUCGGCCUGCCCUUUGUUUGAAGCUGAUAAAACUUCUGGUUGUAAUGUGGUCCCAGAUACACAUGUUGGUGAGACAGGAGCACAUAGAUUGGCAUGUACUGAUGUAAUCCUAGAUAAGAACACUGUUGGUAAUGUUGUCCCAAAUGACCAUGUUCGUGAGAUUGGAGCAAUUGAAUUGGAAAUAUCUAAUGGAGUCCCGGAUAAAAGCAGUGUUGAUGGCAAAUCUAGGAGUCAGAAACAAAGAAAAGUAAGAUGUGCUCUGAACAACGAUGUAGGCGCAGAGGGAUUGGCUUGCACCUCAAAUUUGGGGAUUGCAGUUAGUGAGGUGGGGACUAGAGCUGAUAACAAUUGUGCCAAUGGUGGUGUCCUGGAAAACCAUGUUGGUGAGGCUGGAGCAAAUGGAUUGUCAUGUUGUUGUGGAGUCCCAGAUAAAGGCUGUGUUGAUUGAAAAACUAGGAGAUAGAUGGAAACGGGGCAAGGUUAUUCUGUUGUGAAAAACCAACCAUGUAGGUGCGCAGAUGGUUGGGCAUGCCCCUGGCCAACAAUUUGCAAGUUUAAAGGACAGAAGCUGAUAAAAGUUAAGUUGACAAUGAGUCAGACAGGUGACGGUAAAAUACAUUGAUGAGAUUUCUAGGGUAGCUCCAGUAAUAGCUCCAUACUAAUUUAGGCGACUAUGGAUUGUCCUGCCAUUUAUAUAUGUGGGUCUGGAGGUGAUGAAAGCUACUUUGGUGACUGAUUAGAGAACCAAAAAAUAUUGUGGGACAGAAGUCAGAAACUUCCAAAUAAUGGAGUCUCAGAUAGCAAUGGCCGGAAAUGGAGAACUCGAUGGCAAUGUUGGAAGAGACGGAAGCUCUGGCUCUUGGAGAAAACGUUGUGUGGAGGUGUGGAAGAGCUAUCAAGGUGCCAAGAUUUUGCAAUUAAAUUAAAUUGUAGAAGAUACAAAUCAAACACUUGGUCGCGUGGCUUUAGGAGUAACAUUCUUAUGAAUAUUUUAUAGAUAUAAAUCAUUGAUUUGGUUCACAUUUAAAUGUUAUCUAAGAAUAAUGUAAUGUCUCGUUUGUUUUUACAGAUCAGAUGAGAUGAGUUGAGAUUAAAGUUAAAA